AUGGCACGAACGUCUCUACCACCACAAGGACCACUGCUACUAACGGCUGAAGGUUGGAAGAAGUUUAAGUUUGAAUGGGAAAACUACUUGGAGGGUGCAGAACUCACCGAGAAGUCGUCACGAGUGAAAGCUGCUUACUUCUUGUUGUUUUGUGGAGCUGCUGCUCAGGAACGGUACAAAUCGUUUACUUGGGUACAAGAAAACGACAAGCAUGACAUUGACAAGAUCCUGAGGAAGUUUGAGGAGGAGUUGAUGCCGACUGAAAAUAGGUGUAUUGAGAGAUUUGUGUUCAACACUCGGCAACAACAAGGUGAACCAGUGGCCGAGUUUGUUGCGGCCUUGCGACGUCUCGCUUCCACUUGUCAGUUUGAAAAGAUGACGCCUGAAAAUAUCAACGAAGAGCUCAUCCUCGGCAAGUUGGUGUGUGGUUUACCAGACAGUGCAGUGUGUCAUUGCUUGUUGGAGGAAGGUAACAAUUUGACCUUGGACAAGGCCAUCACCAUAGUUCAGUGUGCCAAGCAAGUGGCUCAACACUCGCGUGUUCUCAAAGGGGAAAAUGUGGAACAGUGUACAGUGUCUACAAAAGUGUCUGUAGUAAAACAGUCUGUGAUGACACCUCUCCAUGAGUCCUCGGCGCCUCACUCUGGGACUCAGUGUCCGAACUGUGGGGGAGACAGGCACUCCUUUACGUUUUGUCCCGCCCGUGGGAGGCAGUGUUUCAGUUGUGGGAAGUGGAAUCACUUCAGCAGUGUUUGUCGGGGUCGAUGGCCGAGGGAUUAUGCGUCACCACGAAAAACAAACUGGGUCAAUGCCAUCAACAGCAUCGGUCGGCUGGACGCCGCCACUUGUGAGUAUCAGCUGGAUAAGAAGAGUGUUCAGUUCUUAGUUGAUUGUGGAGCUGAAGUCAAUGUUAUGCCAGUGAACAUUUACAAAGCCACCACAGGUGAUAGCAUGAUGACAAAGGUGAACCCCACCCACGCAGCAGUUCUCAGAGGCUACGAAGGUUCGGUUGUCCCCACAUAUGGAACUGUGAAGCUUCGUCUCCACAACGCCCCACGCAAGCCACUGAUUUUGUUCUAUAUUGCAGAACGGUCUUCAGGUGCUCCUGCGGAGCCAAUUAUGGGCUUGAACACCAGCCUUGAAUUAGGGUUGAUCACACUUAACCUGGACGUCCAGCUGCAAUCUACAAGGAAGAGUGUGUGUGUAAUCAGCAACAUGAUAGUCACACCAAGAAAGAAAUGGAAAGAAAUUAAGGACGUAACUGAAGAGUUUCCGGAUGUGUUUGACUCCACAACUGUAGGCGACUUAGGAGUGACACAUCACAUCAAGUUGAAGCCCGACGUGCACCCGGUAGUCCACGCUCAACGACGCGUACAAGAACCGAUACAUGAAAAAGUUAGAGCUCAUCUGGAUGAACUGGUGAAAAAAGAGGUCAUCACACCGGUAAACGAGGCUACUGAUUGGAUAGGUUCGCCAGUUAUUGUUCUCAAGAAAAAUGGUUCUGUUCGAUUAUGUUUGGAUGUAAAGGAGCUUAACGCUGCGAUUUGCAGGGAGCACUACACCAUACCCACUGAACAGGAAGUAUCGUCACGCCUGGCAGGUGCCCGCGUGUUUUCACUGUUUGAUACACGGCAAGGCUUCCACCAUAUUCGCCUCGAUUACGAAUCCAGUUUACUGUGCACCUUUAACACACCUUUAACACUGUCGUGCAUUCCACGAGCGCUGUCGCAGUAA